UCUGAGGUAUAUAAAGUGCGUGCAUUGCACCGAAAUGGUAUCAAAGUUUAGUAAACCUUACAAGUUUAAACACACUUCGAACUCUCCAGUAGUCCCUGCUGUCAACCAACUUACCGACAACAAUGUUCUCCAAGGUAUUCGUUCUGCUCGCUGCCGUCACAGUUGGUGUCAACUCGGUGGCAAUUGGCGUUGCCGCCCCAGCUGCCAUUGUGAAGACCGAAGAAUACGACGCACAUCCGCAGUACAGCUUCUCGUACGACGUUCAGGAUUCGCUUACCGGCGACAACAAGCAGCAGCACGAAAGCCGCGACGGAGAUGUUGUGCAGGGACAGUACUCUCUGGUUGAACCCGAUGGCACCCGCCGUACCGUGGACUACACUGCCGAUCCCAUCAAUGGAUUCAAUGCUGUCGUGUCCAAGUCCGCCGAUGCCGCCAUCGUUAAGACCGUUGCUGCCGCUCCCGUUGUGAAGACCAUUGCCGCCGCUCCGGCGUACGUUGCCCAUGCUGCCCCGGCCUACUCUGUUGCCCACGCUGCCCCGGCCUACUCCGUUGCCCAUGCCCCAGCCUACUCUGUUGCCCAUGCUGCCCCGGCGUACUCCGUUGCCCAUGCCCCGGCCUACUCCGUUGCACAUGCUCCAGCAUACUCCGUAGCUCAUGCACCUGCUCUGGCUUACGCUCAUGCUCCUUCGGUAGCCUACCACGCACCUGCCGCGGCCCUCGUUCACCACGAACCCCUGCUGGCUCACUCGGCUGUGUAUCAUCGUUAAACAAUCGUCGAUUCAAACGCAUCAUCGUCACGAACUUAGCGGCAUUUUAAAAGGACUCGAAUCCGGAACAAACUCUACAAUCGUAGGUUUUCAACAAUGACUCAAAUUUGUUCUGUUUUGUAGAUACACACACAUACACACUGGUUGCAACAUAAGAUGAGAUUAUCGUGUAAAGUAUUUCUAUUGUACUGUUAGUCAAUAAAUAAGUUAAACUAAA